ACCACAUCGUCGACAUCACCACCGCAAUUGCGCGCGAAAACACUCGCAAUUGAUUGGUGAAGCUGGAAAAUGUCGCUCAGAGUCGCAUACAAAUCGCUUGCCCGCUCAAGGGUGCCGGUCCAGGCGCCACUGCGAAGGGCCUUUGGCGGCACGUCCAUUCGUCCGCAGGAGCGCCAAUGGAGCACGCCGCUCGCCAAGCAGCUCUUUGAAGCCAUAUCUACUACAGGCACCGUGCCUCUUGCAAGCUACAUGCGCAUGUGUCUGACUGGCGAUGUCGGCGGCUACUACACUGGCGCCAUCGAACAGGGCCGCGACCAGUUUGGCCUCAAGGGCGACUUUGUUACGAGCCCCGAGAUUUCACAAAUGUUUGGCGAGCUGAUUGCUGUCUGGUUCAUUGCCGAAUGGAUCAGCCAGGGUAAGCCGAAGAAUGUGCAGCUCAUCGAGAUUGGACCCGGCCGCGGCACGUUAAUGGACGACAUGCUGCGAACUAUCAAAAGCUUCCCUGCCAUGGCCAACGCCAUCGACGCCGUCUACAUGGUCGAAACAAGCAAGCAGCUGCAACAGUCUCAGAAGCAGCGCCUUUGCGGCGACGCACCCGCUACAGACUCCGACACGGGCUUCCAUAGCACCAGUAAAUACUCAAAAACACCCGUCCAUUGGGCUGAGAGCAUCAAGGCCGUCCCAUCCACUCCCGAAACAACACCAUUCAUCAUCGCCCACGAAUUCUUCGACGCCCUCCCAAUCCACACCUUCCAGACAGCCGUCGCUCCCCCGCCGAAACCUAAACCCGGAUCCCCUCCAUCGACCCCCGAUCCUGCGGCCCCGAAGACCAUGGAGUGGCGCGAGUUGAUGGUCUCGCCCACCCCUCCUGGUGUCUCGCACGACGAGCUCGGCACACCAAAGAAGCAACAGAAUGAGCCGGUCCCUGAGUUCCAGCUCACCCUGUCACCUGGAACUACACGCCAUUCCCGAUUCCUGCCGGAGUCGUCACCGCGUUAUAGAGCCCUCAAACAGACCGAAGGCACCGUGGUGGAAAUCUGCCCCGACGCAGCAAUCUACACGGCUGACUUUGCUGCGCGCAUCGGCGGCUCACCCAAGGCGCCCAAGGCGAAGCCUUCCGGCGCAGCCCUCAUUCUUGACUACGGCACUACCGAUACCGUACCCAUCAACUCUCUGCGAGGUAUUCGCCAGCACAAGAUUGUCAGCCCCUUUGCGGCUCCCGGUCUUGUCGAUCUGAGCGCCGAUGUCGACUUUGCGGCACUGGCUGAGGCUGCUAUGCUGGGUAGUGAGGGUGUUGAGGUCCAUGGUCCCAUUUGCCAGGCCGACUUCUUGGAACUCAUGGGUAUCCGUGAGCGAGCCGGCGUGCUGGUCAAGAAUGCAGGCGCCAAAAAGGAUGUCGUCGAGGGCAUCGAGAAGGCGUGGAAGAGACUUGUCGACAGAGGCCCAAGCGGCAUGGGCAAGGUCUACAAGGCACUUGCCAUUUUACCAGAGAAUGAUGGCCGCCGAAGACCCGUUGGGUUUGGCGGAGAUGUUAGCAACUAAAACACAUACACUAUCUGUAUUAUAAUGUGAUGAAAGGCAAAAGCAGGGAAGGCCAGCUUGUAAGAAUAGAAACCGAGUUGUAAUCAUGUAAACAAUACACCAUAUCUAUGCAUAACCAGACACUAGAAUACAUCCUAUUUUGUUUUGACCAGCUUGUCGUCCUCACUUUCCUCGUCAUCAGAGUCCACCGCAAAGAUGGUCUCGCCUUCGAGGGAUCGGCGGACGGCGUGGGAGGUUGUUGCCGCUGGAGCCGCAGCGGGUGUUCGCGAAGGACCAGCGCUGGGCGGAGGCGCCUUGCCAAUCUCAGCUUCCUCAUCGAGCUCGUCGUCUGAGUCACCAGGCAUACCGAUCUCGCCAAUUUCAAAGUUGCCAUCGUCAUUUUGGGCAAUCUCGUCACUCAUGGCAAAGCGGCGGUUGUUGGCAGUUGGGCGCCAGACAUACGCAAUCCAGGCGACAUCAGCGAGGUAGACCAAGUUCAGCCAGCCGUCAAUGAUGAACCAGCGCGUCUUCCAGUGGUUGGGAACAUAGUUGGGAUCCGACAAGGCGCGGACGUUGGCGCCGUUGAAAAUGACAAAGACAAAGACAAAGAUGACAGUGCCCAGGAUUGCCCACCACAGCUUCUUGUACAUGGCCUCCUUGACAAACUGCUUGCGGUCACGAAGAUCCUUAAGCGUAAAGGUGAGCGAGUUGAGCGUCGCCAUAUAAAAGGCUGUCAUGGUGGCUGCCAAUGGCAGACCGGUUAGUAGAGAUACCAUGCCGGCGUCCUCGGGCGGCGUCAACAAGUUGACAACGGCGUAAAUGAGACCAAAGAUAAAGUGCGCAAUACCCAGGAUGCGGCAGUAAAACAUGAGGCGGCCUAGUGUCGGCUUGACGACACCGUAGCCCAUGCAUACGAUGAGCAGCAGGAAGAAGGAGAAUGAGUUUCGAGCCGCGUUGAGGAUGGCCACCACAAUAAGGAAUGCCUUGGAUCCGACG